UUCAAUAUUAAACUGGAUUAUUCAUUUCAGGAAGAUCAUCCAACGACAUUUCAUGGUGAAAGGCAGAGAUCAAUGGUACAGACAGUUACACCUAGCUACAAAAGUCUUUGUGGGACAGAAUUUAAAAUUGUAAUACAACUCACUGCUUUAAAGGUGAAAGAAACACAAGAUCACUUUAAAUUACAAAUCAUUGAUCCGAAAGUUACUUCAAAUGCAUCGAUGCCUGCGGCAAGUCGAGAAAUCCCGCGGACUCCUCGUCGGAAUUUAGAUUUCCCCAGUGAACAUAGUAAACGUUCCUUCCUCAAGUUGGAACCGCUAGAGCAGAGGAGAUUGAGGGCAGUCGAGACGCGCCCUAUCACAACCAGUACGUAUUUAACGGAAAGUUUAGAUCGGCAUCGGGAAAUGGAAACAUCUCGGUUGAAAGAUUACUUGAAAGCACAUGAAAAUGAUGCAAACAAACCGUGGAAUAAACCACAAUGGCCUGGUCCAAAGAUGAAAGAUCCAAAUGAUCAGUCUCUCAGAGAACUUGCGGAGAUCAAGAAGGUUAGAUUUUUACUACUGCUAAAUUUUUUGGUUUUUUUCAAAAUAUGGAUUAUACUCAGAUGA